ACCCCAGCGGCACAGUGGAGCGUGGGACAGCCUGAGCUGUGCUGAAGGGCAGUGGCUGCAGAGGAAGAUGGAGGCUGGCAUGAACCUCCUGCACGACAUGGGCAUCCAGGCGACGCACUGGCUGCAGGAACAUUUCCAGGGCUCCCAGGACUGGUUCCUCUUCAUCUCCUUUGCCGCCGACCUCAGGAACACUUUCUUCGUCCUCUUCCCUAUCUGGUUCCACUUCAGCGAGUCAGUAGGCAUCAGGCUCAUCUGGGUGGCCGUGAUCGGUGACUGGCUCAACCUCGUCUUCAAGUGGAUCCUCUUUGGGGAGAGACCAUACUGGUGGGUCCACGAGACGGACUAUUACAGCAACACCACCGCCCCAGAGAUCCAGCAGUUUCCACUCACCUGCGAGACCGGCCCUGGGAGCCCCUCCGGCCACGCCAUGGGUGCAGCAGGGGUGUACUAUGUCAUGGUGACAGCCCUCCUCUCCGCUGCCAUGGGGAAGAAGCACUUGAGGACGCUCAGAUACUGGGUGCUGUGGAUGGUGCUUUGGACAGGGUUCUGGGCAGUUCAGGUCUGCGUCUGCCUGUCCCGAGUCUUCAUUGCUGCCCACUUCCCCCAUCAGGUCAUUGCGGGGGUCAUUUCAGGGAUGGCUGUGGCCAAGACUUUCCAGCACGUCCACUGCAUCUACCACGCCAGCCUCCGACGGUACCUGGGCAUCACCUUCUUCCUCUUCAGCUUUGCCCUGGGCUUCUACCUGCUGCUGCGGGUGCUCGGCGUGGACCUGCUCUGGACCCUGGAGAAGGCGCGGAGGUGGUGCGCCCACCCCGAGUGGGUCCACAUCGACACCACCCCCUUUGCCAGCCUCCUCCGUAACCUGGGCAUCCUCUUUGGGCUGGGGCUGGCCCUCAACUCCCACAUGUACCUGGAGAGCUGCCGGGGGAAGCAGGGCCAGCAGCUGCCCUUCCGCCUGGGCUGCAUCGCCACCUCCCUCCUCGUCCUACACCUCUUCGACGCCUUCAAGCCGCCCUCCCACAUGCAGCUGCUCUUCUACGUCCUCUCCUUCUGCAAGAGCGCAGCCGUGCCGCUGGCCACUGUCAGCCUCAUCCCCUACUGCAUCUCCCAGCUCCGGGCCACACAGGACAAGAAGGCUGUCUAGGGGCGUCCCUGCAGGUGCAGUUGGACAUGGCCAGCACAGUGCGGGGGGGACGAGCUGCUUUUUGCGCUGUUUAUCCAGGGUUUCUGGGUGCACCUUGUGCCAGGAACAGGGACACACUCGCAUCACCUCGCUGGUUACGGAAACAAGCACGGCUUUGAGACCAACCAGCUCGGCUGGGGCUGUGCCGAGCCCCCAGGCUGCAGGGACAGAGCUGCCAUUUGGCUGCUGGCUGCAUUGCGGGGUCAGGGCCCGGUGGUCAGUGCUGGCUCGGCCUCCCGGCACUGCUCGCCUGAACGCCGGGUCUGCCCGGGGCGCAGGAAGCGGCUGCGUCAACGUGGGGUCAAGCUGCUUCGCUGCUGCCGGCUCGGCGGACACGUCCCUGCCUCGGCGCCGUGCUCGUUAGCAGGAAGCCGGCUGUGGGCUCGCCCUGCUGACUUCAAAGCUGUACAGGCUGUACAGCCUGCCAAUUAACUCAGUAAACAUCCUCUCUCAGUCUGAGAUAUAGUUUAAAAUAGAUAUGAAGGUACAGAUACUUUCUUCCUGCCAGA